AUGCUUGAAGAUUUAGUUGAAAAUCCUUCUAAGGUAUUCAGUAAUGUCGAGGUCAAAGACAUACUUAAACAGGCCAAGCAACUGAUAGAUCCCAUUUCCAAGCAAAAUUCUGUUUUGGAUGAGGUUUACAUUGAUGGCCUUGCCUCUUCUCAAGUUUGGGCUCAGAUCAAGCUUGUCAUUGAUGGGGUUACAGAAGAUGUUUUGUUCAACAAAAUUCCGGAAUUGAAGAAGACCGGUCAAGCGAAUGAGGAAGUUGAUGGGUCCUUGGAAGAAGAGGGCAGUAGUAAUGCUGAAGAAGAGAACGAAGAAUCUGAAAGUGAUAUUGUUGAAGAUGAAAUUGAAGAUGAAGACGAAGGCGAAGAUGAGGAAGAGGGAUCUAACGAAAACGAGGCUCUAGAUGUAUUGAACGAAGAGCUGAAUGAAGUCGAAGAAGAAAAACCGGAAGAUGAUGUUGAAGAACCAAAGACAGCUCCUAGAGAAAGUAACGAAUCGUCAGACGAUGAGAGUGAGUUUAUCGAUACCCACACCGAAGAGUUUGCACAGGCGGAGGAUGAAUUAAACGAUGAAUUUUUUGAUCUGGAACAGUUUCAACAACAAGUUAUCGCUAUGGAGAAACCCAACGAUGACGAUGACGACGAAGAAAUUGAUUAUUUUGGAGAGUCUGACAAUGCUGCGGAAGAAUCUGAUAACGAAGAAGUAAUGUACUACAACCAAUUUUUUGAUCCUAAAGGAUUCAAACCAAAGACUGAAAAGAAAAAGAAAAAGGUUACCUUCGAUUUGCAGGAAGAAGAAAAUUUAAACGAAGAGGACCAUAUGGACAAGCUAGUUGCAUCUACGAUGGAGGAUCUUUUUGAUGACCAUCUAUCGGAAGAUGAAGAGAUCUCAGAAACAGGUGAGAAGAAUCUGUCCACUUUUGAAAAACAGCAAAGAGAAAUACAGAAACAAAUAGCCGAAUUGGAACAAGAGCAAAUCGCCCAAAAGAAAUGGACCUUGACCGGUGAAGCUUCAGUCAAAACGAGAGAAGCCGAUGCAUUGUUGGAAGAAGACUUAGAUUUUGAAAGAACUUCCAAACCAGUCCCAGUUAUUACGCAAGAUGUUACCGAAUCCAUUGAAGAUCUCAUCAGGAAAAGAAUUUCCAACUAUCAGUUCGAUGAACUACAAAAAAGAUUACCUACUAAUAUUGCCAAGUUCAAGAGUUCUCAAAAAGUUGAAGUUAGUGAACAGAAAUCUAUCAAGUCUCUUGCCGAGUUGUACGAGGAAGAUUAUGUCAAGCCCGAUUCAACUGCAAACAAAGAACUUGAGAAGGCACAUGAUGAGAUAUCACAGCUAUAUGAGACACUCAGCCAUAGAUUAGACUCCCUCUGCUCUGCCCACUUUAUUCCUAAGCCUGCGAAGAGAUCGUUGGAGGUCAAGGUUCAAACUGACACCAUCACGAUGGAGGAUGCUCAACCAUUGACAUUGGCUGGAGAAUCCACGUUUGCUCCUCAAGAAGUUUACAAACCUCAGGCUAAGAAGCAAAGAAAGUCCAAGAAUAGAGAAUCCAUGGAAGACUAA